AUGGAGUAUCCUGCUUACAGCAAUUCAAUCAUCUGCCCAGCGCUUGAUGUUGCGCCCGCCAACGCACCACCUGAUCUGUUCGCUUCAGAGCUCUCCUUCUUUGCUUCGCAUCCUUGGACUGCUUCUCUGCUGUCCGCACCGGAUACGAUCCCGUUUCUCCCAUCGUGCCGGAAUCCUCAAUCAUCUGCGCACGAUCAGCUUUUUGGGAACUCGCUCAACAAUGCUCGUGGCUUGACGCAUUUCAUCAGCUACUUCCGUGCGCCAAGUGUUGAGGUUGCCAAGAAUCCAUCGCACAACAUCACUGAGAUUGUUGUGCUGGUAUCAGUGGGAGAGGGCGUGAGUGGGUAUCCUGGUAUCGUGCACGGCGGCAUCGUUACAGCUCUCUUGGACGAAUCUAUGGGGACUAUCUUCGAUCUGAACGGCACGUUGGGUAAAGAGGCCAGAGCGUUCAAGACAUCCAAUGUAACAGGUGGAAUAGAAGUAAAGUUUCUGAAACCCGUACCAACAGAUAGUGUUCUUUGUAUCACAGCUAUUGCAGAGGAAAUUGAUGGUCGAAAGACCACAGUCAGGGGUGAGAUGAAGGACGAGCAAGGGCAGCUGUUGGCGAGUUGCUCAAGCAAGUGGGUAGCGCUGAAGCCAAGCCUCUGA